AUGCACCCACCCGAACCUGCCCUCAACACGGCGCUGACCCGCGAGCUGGAGCGGGCGCUGGAGGCGCGCACGGCGCGGGACUACUUCGGCAUUUGCAUCAAGUGCGGGCUUGGCAUCUAUGGGGCAAGGCAGGCAUGCCAGGCAAUGGGGAGCCUGUAUCACACAGAUUGCUUCACCUGCAACUCCUGCGGGAGACGACUUCGAGGGAAGGCAUUCUACAACGUGGGGGAGAAAGUGUACUGCCAGGAGGACUUCCUGUACUCUGGGUUCCAGCAAACAGCCGACAAGUGUAGUGUGUGCGGACACCUCAUCAUGGAGAUGAUCCUGCAGGCCCUCGGGAAGUCCUACCACCCAGGCUGCUUCCGGUGCUCAGUGUGUAACGAGUGCCUGGAUGGGGUACCCUUCACUGUGGACGUGGAGAACAACAUCUACUGUGUCAGAGACUAUCACACGGUUUUUGCACCAAAAUGUGCCUCCUGUGCCCGUCCUAUCCUCCCUGCACAGGGCUGUGAGACAACCAUCCGUGUGGUGUCCAUGGACAGAGACUACCACGUGGAGUGUUACCACUGUGAGGACUGCGGGCUGCAGCUGAGCGGGGAGGAUGGACGCCGCUGCUACCCCCUGGACGGCCACCUGCUGUGCCGCCGCUGCCACCUGCGGCGCCUCGGGCCCGGCCCCCUCCCCUCCCCCACGGUGCACGUCACGGAGCUCUGAGCUGGGAAGGGAGCCCGCGCUGCAGCCGCGUGCGCGCGUGCGUGUGUGUCUGAGAGUGUGUGAGUGAGUGUGUGAGUGAGAGAGAGAGAGAGGGCACCCCCGGGCGGGACGGCGACCUGGGCGACGGGCUCUGGGUCCCGCACGGGGUGCGGCUGCCGCGCUUCCGCCCCACCCCCACCCGCGUGCCCCGGAGCUGGCUUUCCGAUGGGCCGGCCCCGCGGCGAAGCUGCUUCUAUUUAUUCACCGUCUGUGCCUCCUCUGGCCGCUUCCUUCCUUCGGGGGCCCCGCCCGGCCCCGGCCCCGGCCCCCUCUCCCCCGACGCCGGCCUUGAGUUCCGGGGCUGCUGCGCCCCGCGGCCUCGGGCGGGCUCCCUGACCGCCGUGGGGCACCGGGUGAGGACGCCACCGCCUUCCUCCUCCUCGGGCGCGAGCCAGUUUCCCUGUUCAAAAGGGGCCCCGUCUGAGAUCGCUUCUCGGGGCAGGGGUGGUCUGGCGGGUAGGGGUUGGCAGAGGGCACACGUGUUUGCGUGUCUCACGAGCGCCUUUGGUGGGUGGGAAGGUGUCCGGUUCGGGCGGGGUCGCAGGAGGGGGUGACGAAUGACACCCUUGUGGAGUGGGGCCUUCCAGCAUUCCAAGGGUGUUUUCAGCCACAAUCCCACCCCCCUCAUCCCUUCCUCUUGGGUUGGGGUCUGCUCCCCCCCUCCGCUCGCCACCCUUCAACCUUGGGAAAAGAACCUUCUCAUGCAAAAUUUCCAGCCACAGGGCUCGGUCGAGAGAGACCACGAGAGGGCGCCCUGUCCGCGUGACAGGGAGGUCACCCGUUGAAGGAAAGCACUGUGUAUCGGGCUCCACGACAAAAGCGUAUGAUUUGACUUAAAUUAAGUUUUUUCUUUGAGAAUAUUUUCAUUUUCUUUAAAAGAAUAUAGUUUUUCUUCUAAAAACUUGGCCCACGGUUGUUAUUUCUUAGAAAAACUACAAGCAACUCACAAAUGUCCCAUUUGGAAAUCAUAUAGCUAGUUUUCGGGUGGUAAAAAUGUAAUUUCUACUAUUUUUGUAUAAAUCCCUCCAAAGUCUCAAAAAUAUGUGUUUGCUUUUCCGACUUCGGAAUGA